AUUUUUAGCCAGACGAUGGCGGUAAUAAACUGUAAAGCUGUUUGCCAACCGAAGAAGAAAAAGAAGAAGAAGAAAAAGAAAACGCAGAAGAAGAAAGAGGAAAAGGAAAUCUGUAGGUCAUGUUUUCAGGAAUUAUUUAAAUGUUUCGCAAUUAAUAUUAAUGUUGUUGAUGUGAAUUUAAUUUCGCAUUUAUGUUUUCUUGCUAAAAACAUCUUCRAGAUUGCGCUGAUUCCAGCCCUGAUGGCAGUAUCUGCUCGCAGCACGGUUUUGUCUCUGUACAAGCGUGUGUUCCGGAUCGCUCGGACCUGGCAGGCACAGAGCGGCGCUCAAUCUGACACAGAGACUGAGAGGAAGUACAUCRUGCAAGAGGCCCGCGCUUUGUUCAGACACAACCAGCAGCUCACAGAUCCAGAAUCAAUAAAGCAAUGUAUAGAAGAAUGUGAAGCAAGGAUAGAAAUAGGCCUACAUUACAGAAAUCCAUAUCCAAGGCCUAUGUACCUCCCGCCGAUGGGACUGGCCACUCAGAAGGGCAGGAAACUGCGAGCACAGCAGCGCCUCAGGAAGCAGGCCAAGCCAAUCUACUUACAAUCACAUGACGAGACCUGAUGGCUGAUAUCCUGGAUCCUCGUGUAGCGUUCACAUUACCAAGGACAGACGCAGUCAGCAUUUUGGGCAGAGGUUCUGCAACCGGUUACUGAUGAAGGAACACUCAGUAUUUAGGGGGGAAAAAUUCAUUGUUAUUCUUACAGUCAGCAAGUUUCAGUGACAGGUUGGGUUCAGCUCAGGAAGGCUGUGGACUGAUCCUGGCAGCAGAUCACUUGAUUUUCUGAUGUUGUCAGAGGUGACUAGUCUGACUGAGACAAAGACCAAUGUGGAUUUCUGCUAUCAUAACAAAAAAUAAAAAAUAAAAAAAGUGAAAAUGCAAUUUUGUAAACAUUUACAAACCUGUCAAAUUUGCAUUUCAUGAAUAUUUUKGAUUAAAUAUCAGAAUCAGAAUCGGA